AUGGUGAAGGGAGGGAAGAAGAAGGAAACGAAGCGGUUGAAAGUAAUGCGAGAGGCACGGGAGGAUAUUAAGGUGGAGGGGGCGGAAGAGGAGAGAGAAGAGGAAAUUGUGGAGAUGGAGGAAGAGGGGGGGAGUGAGGUGGAAGAGGAAGAGGGAAGUGAAGAGGAGGGAGAGGGAGUAGAGGGAGAGGAGGAGGAGGAAGAGGAGGAGGAAGGACAAGCGGAGGAAAUGGAGGGAGGGGAGGAUGAUGAUGAGGAGGAGGAGGACGGCGAGGAGGACGUGGAGGAGGAAGAGGAAGGGGAAGAGGAGGAGGGGGAAGAGGAGGAGGCGGAGGAGGAAGAGGAGGAGGAGGAGGAGGAGGAGGAGGAAGAAGAGGAAGGAGAGGAAGAGGAAGAGGAGGAGCAGGAGGAGCAAGAGGAGCAGGGUACAGAGAGCAAAAAGCGGAAGCGGAAGGAGGGAGCCAAGGGCGCGGGAGACGCGGAGAAGUCGGCGGGGGGAUCGGCGGGAUCUGCGGAGAAGAAGGUGGCGGUCGGGACGACCAAGGCGGACAUGGUUGCGAAGGAAGCUUCCGCGAAGGACACGCCGGGGAAGGCAAAGAAAAGCAAGGAGGGGAAAAAGGAGAAGGAGGGGGCGGCGGAGAAAGCGGAGAAAGGGGAUAAGAAGGGAAAGGCGGCGGAGCCGGCGGGGAAGGCGGCGAAGGAGGCGGGGAGCAACAUCAUGAGCGCUGUGGCGUUCGAUACGCUUCACAUCUGCGACGGCACGCGCAAGGGGAUCGAGGAGAUGGGCUUCACGCACAUGACGGAGGUCCAGGCUCGGACCAUACCGCACCUGCUGGCUGGGAAGGACGUGCUAGGUGCGGCGCGCACAGGCUCGGGGAAGACCCUGGCGUUCCUCAUCCCCGCUAUAGAGCUGCUGUUCCGCGGCAACUUCAUGCCACGCAAUGGCACGGGCGUGAUCAUCAUCUCUCCCACUAGAGAGCUUGCUAUGCAGAUCUUUGGAGUGGCGCGCGAUUUGAUGGCCCACCACAAGCAGACCUUCGGCAUCGUUAUGGGUGGCGCGAACCGCAAGGCGGAGGCGGAGAAGCUUAUAAAGGGGACGAACCUGCUGGUGGCAACGCCUGGGCGGCUGCUGGACCACCUGCAGAACACCAAGGGAUUCGUGUUUCGGAACCUCAAGUGUUUGGUGAUUGACGAGGCGGAUCGCAUCCUGGAAGUUGGAUUCGAAGAUGAAAUGAGACAGAUCCUCAACCUGCUGCCCAAGGACCGCCAGACGAUGCUCUUCUCAGCAACCCAAACCACCAAGGUGGAGGACCUGGCGCGAGUGAGCUUCAGCCACACUCCCGUCUACAUCGGCGUCGACGACGGGCGUCACAAGGCCACGGUGGAGGGCCUGGAGCAGGGCUACUGCGUGGUGCCCAGUCAGGACCGCUUUCUGCUUCUCUUCACGUUCCUCAAGAAGAACCUCAAGAAGAAGGUGAUGGUGUUCUUCUCUUCAUGCGCUGCUGUCAAGUUCUACUCUGAACUUCUCAACUACAUCGACAUUCCCGUGCUGGACAUUCACGGCAAGCAGAAGCAGCAGAAGCGCACCACCACCUACUUUGAGUUUGUCAACGCGGAUAAAGGAAUUCUGCUCUGCACGGACGUGGCUGCUAGAGGAUUGGAUAUUCCUGCUGUGGAUUGGAUCAUCCAGUACGACCCGCCCGAUGAUCCCAAGGAGUACAUUCACAGGGUGGGACGAACAGCAAGAGGAGAAGGAGGCAGUGGCCGUGCCCUGCUCUUCCUCAUUCCCGAGGAGCUUCCGUUCCUAAAGUACCUGCGGGCAGCUAAAGUGCCUCUGAACGAAUACGAGUUCCCAAGCCACAAGAUCGCCAAAGUGCAACCGCAGCUGGAGCGGCUGAUAGCAAAGAACUACUACCUGCAUCAGAGCGCCAAGGAUGCGUAUCGGGCCUACCUGCUGGCGUACAGCUCUCAUGCACUCAAAGACACCUUCAACGUGCACCGGCUCAACCUGCAGGGCGUUGCAGCAUCGUUUGGCUUCAGCAGCCCGCCCAAAGUGGUUAUCAACAUGGAUAGCAACGCGUCCAAGUUCCGUAACAAAGCUCACAAAGGUGCUCGGGGCCCGGGGAAAUUCAAUGCCAGCAGCGGACACGCCUUCAGCGCGAGUAAUCCGUAUGGGAAGCGUGAAAGCGACGACAAAAGGCAGUUCACUAGAAUCUAG